UGGUCUCUUCCGUGAAGUUCUCUCCAUUCCCCUCUGCACACCCCUCCCUCUCCGUCACCUAAUAAUCACUGUGUAGACUAGAGAUCGCCAUGGAGCAGCUGCCUCCGGUUGUUAGUGCUUCUCUGGGUGCCAUGGGCUCCCUUGCAGGGAAGCUGGAUGGGCUCCUGGAUGCCGAACUCAAGGCUGAGUUCGGGAAGCUCACAACCCGGCUGCUGGAGCUCUCCAAGUCACCAGAUCCUCCUGAAACAGCCAGGAUCUGGAUGAAAGAUGUGCGCGAACUAUCCUAUGACAUGAACAACUGUGUCGACGCCCAGGAGGACUGGGAGGCCGAGAUACCAGAAUUCAUGGCUCGUGUGAAGGAGGCCAAUGGCCGGUACGAAAGGUAUGUUCCUGAGAGCCUCACCGGGCCUGCAGAUCUUGUUCCUAUCGGUGUCGGUGACCACCAGCAUCGAACGGUGAGCGGUGGCCGGAAGUCAGAUCCAGUCGUCGGCCUUCAUGACGAAGGAGGCGCGGUUUAUAAGCUGACCCAGUUGCUGACUGAUGAUGGUAAGGAGUUCAUGGUGGUAUCCAUAGUCGGCGGUGGAGGAAUCGGCAAGACCACGCUUGCCAAACAGCUAUGGCGUGAGAAGAAACUCGAGGGAUUCGACUGCCGUGCUUUUGUGCGGACAGCCAGGAAACCUGACAUGAGGAGGAUCCUGAGGAGCAUACUCGCACAAGUUCGUCCGCACCAACCACCCGACGCGAAUGGUGUGCACGAGCUGAUCCAAGACCUCACUGAGCAUCUACAAAAUAAAAGGUACUUUCUUAUAAUUGAUGACUUAUGGGCUACAUCAGUAUGGCAUGUUGUCAGACGUGCUUUCCCGGAGGGUAAUGGCAGCAGGAUAGUAACAACAACAGAAAAUCAGGAUGUUGCUCUUGCAUGUUGUAGUUAUGAGUCUCAGUACAUGUUUAAGAUGGAGCGUCUUAGCCUCAGUCACUCAAAAGAGCUGUUCAUCAGUGCAGUGUUUGGGUCUGGAGAACAACACAGUCGCCAAUUGGAUGGAGUGUCAAAUGAGAUUAUAAGAAGAUGUGCUGGUUUACCACAGGCGAUUAUCAGCAUAUGCAGUGUUGUAGCAACUCUAGGGGAAGCAAAUGCAGAACAGAACAGGGAGAAAAUACAGAACAAUUUGCCAACAAAUGCAACUUCUGACGAGAUACUCAAACAAGUACUCAUUUUUUGCUACAAUUGUCUACCAAGCUGUUUGCAGACAUGUCUAUUGUAUCUUAGUAUAUACCCAGAGAAUUAUAUAAUCUUGAAAGAAGUUAUAAUGAAGCAAUGGGUAGGAGAAGCUUUUAUCUGUGCACCAAGAGAGAAUGAAAAAAUGAAAGUUGCCGAGAGCUAUUUUGAUAAGCUUGUCCAUAUGGGCAUGAUCCAACAGAUAGAUGUGGGGUACAGUGAUGAGAUAUUGUACUAUGCAGUCCAUCACAUGGUACAUGACAUUAUUACAACUAAGUCAAUUGAGGAGAACUUUGUUACUGUAAUAGAUUACUCUCAAAGGACAGUACGGUUUUCUAACAAGGUUAGGCGUCUGUCCCUGCAGUUUGGCAGUGCUACAUAUGCAACUAGUCCAGAAAGUAUAGGCCUGUCGGAAAUUCAAUCACUUGCCUUUAUUGGACUAAAGAGCUGCUACUACUCUUCCAUUUUGGAGUUUAAGGUUCUUCGAGUCCUCAUCCUCCAUAUUUGGGCUGAUGAACCAAGCACCGGUGUUGACCUCAAGCCUACCUCUGAAUUGGUUCUACUGAGAUCCUUGCAGGUCACAUGCAACGACACUGUACAUCUUCCAGAUCUGAUGCAAGGUCCAAAACACUUGGAGACACUUGAAAUAAAUGCAAGGGUGGCAGCUAUUCCAGCGAAUAUUGUUCAUCUUCGGAGCUGGUUGCAUCUCCGCCUCGGAGUUGGGAUAGAAGUGCCCGAUUUGACGGGUACCCUGAAAACUGUCACCACCCUGAAUCCUCCUAUUUCAUUGGACGACUCCAGCUGUUCUUGCAAAUCAGUGAAGACAAUGGAGUUGCUAUUACCCAUCUGUAGAAUCCCCAAGUGGAUUGGACAGCUUGCCAACCUCUGCAUUCUGAAAUUUGUAGUGCGACAACUCCAAAGAGAUGAUAUCAGUAACCUGCGAAAUUUGUCAUUUCUCAGUGUUCUCUUGUUGCAUGUCCAGCAACCAACUACAGGACUCAUCGGCUUCGCACCGGGAGCGUUUCCUGCUCUCGAGUAUUUUGAGUUCAGGUGCGGUGUACUGCGCCUGAUGUUUCAGGAAGGAACAAUGCCCAAUCUUGAGAGGCUUAAACUAGGUUUCAAUGCCUACCCAAGAGAUGGAUUUUUGCUUGUCGGCGUUGAAGAUCUGUUAAGCAUCAAGGAGAUUUCUGGAGUAAUCGGGCUAACUGCCGGUGCUGUGGAAAGUGACUUCAUGGUUGCAGAGUCAGCAUUCAGGAAAGCCAUGGGCAGGCACCCUAACGUGAGCAUAGAAAGAGCAGAUAUGGUUGAGGAAUUGUAUGUUGAGGCAGAAAAACAACAUGAGAUCCCUGGGCAACCCCCGUCAAUAUCAAGUGAACAACAACAUCUGAUCCGAGGGGAACACACACAAGAUUACCAGACAGAAAUAAAGCAAGAUUCCAGCAGCGACUCUCACUUCAUUAAAAGAUCUGGACCAACAGAAUUGAUAAUUAAUGGAAAGGCUGAUCUCGCCCGCAAAAGAAGAAAGAAAGAAAAGGGAGAGGGUGAUCUGCAUAGAUUGGACCAACUGUUAGUUUCCAAUAAAGAAACAGGUCUUGAGAAGCUGACACUCAUUAGCUGUCCACCUCUGGAGUUGAAGCACCUUCUGAUGCUAACCUCGCUGAAGACAUUGUUUGUACAGAGUUCAGUUGGUCUAGUUGGACCACUAGGAGGAGGUCAGAGUGAUAUGGAAUGGCAGCUCCCUGUUGAGCAUAUCCGGAUCAGCUUCUUAAGUGGUAAUAGUGGGAAGGAAUUGACAGAGCUCCUCCACCACCUCCCAAAGCUCUCCAAGUUGGAAAUAUGGCAUUGUAAAAACAUAAAAAAGCUGGUAGUGGGGGUGGAUGUGCAGCAAACAACACAAGAAGCAUCAGAGAUGGGGGGAGGUGAAAUAACAACAGCAACAGAGGAAGAGGAUGAUGAUGGGGUGCUGUUCUUCCCACCUCAUCUGUGUGACUCACUACAGGAAUUGAUGUUCAAUGGCUGCAAAGAGCUGGUCCUGGUGGACCCGCCAACUCUUGUUCCUAGAGGAGGAUCGCUCCAAGCCUUGCGAUCCCUCCGGGGAUUAACAAUAAGGGAGUCCCCAAAGUUUCUAUCUGCCUUCUCUUUUUCUUGUCACAUUUUCCCUUCCUCCCUGCAGUUUAUGUGUCUUUUGGACGUGAAAGGCUUGAGGACACUGGAGCCCCUCUCAAACAUCUCCUCUCUUGCCACAUUAGAAUUGUAUAGUUGUGGAGAGGAUCUGAAAUUUCAGGGCUUGCAGUCUCUCCUUACUACCGGGGGCCAUCUCAGGCAAUUGAAAGUCUUAGCCAGCCCUGGUUUCUUUGCUGAUUGGGAUCCCAAUCCCAGAGGGGCUUUGGAGGAUGCUGAUGGAGGUGAAGAGGAGCAGACACAGCUUGUUUCAUCCACACUGCAUGAGCUUUGGACAGAUGACAUAGCAGGACUUCUUGUUGCACCCAUCUGCAGAUUCCUCUCUUCCUCCCUCAGCAAGCUGCAACUUUGGGGGGAUUGGUGUGAAGGGAUGGAGCGGUUCAUCAAGGAGCAGGAGGACGCCCUUCAACUCUUCUCCUCCCUCCGGGAACUAGAGUUUUGGAAUUUCAAAGACCUUCAACAACUCCCUGCAGGGCUGCGUAACCUUACCAGCCUCAAGAAAUUAAAAAUCUACAACUGUCCAGCAGUCUCGUUGUUGCCCAAGGAUGGCCUCCCCAAAUCACUGCAAGAGGUACAUGUUGGACACAGAUGCAGCGAGGAGCUAAAACAGCAGUGCAGGGGGUUGGAGGGAACCAUCCCAAGAAUCAUAAUAGACCGGUGAUCCUUAAUAACACUGCGUUUGUUCCCAUCCACUGUGCAGGACAUUGCCUUGCAGUUCCCUUGUACAUUAUUCUAGCCACCGUGCAGGACAUCUUAUAUGCAUCUUUUAUUUUGGAUUCAAAUUUGGAUUAAUGUCAUUCAUCAAAGAUGUGGUAGUCUUCUUGCUUAUUUCGGGUGUCACGAUCAAAAUAUCACCGUGGCAUAAGUAUGGGAUAAAUG